UGGGACGAGGAAGGGCCGUGAAAGGGAAGGGCCGACGCCGCCGCCUUCGCCACCGCCAGAGUCUUCCCGAACCCCCGCCGAGCCCGAACCCACCGGGUCAUGAGCGCUCCGGGCCAUGGACACCAGCGAUCUCUUCAUCAGCUGCAAGAAAGGAGACGUUUGCCGAGUCCGGUACCUUCUGGAGCAGAGAGAUGUGGAGAUCAAUGUCCGGGACAAAUGGGACAGUACCCCUCUAUAUUAUGCCUGCUUGUGUGGACAUGAGGAGCUUGUACGGUAUCUCCUGGCCAAUGGAGCCAGGUGUGAGGCCAACACUUUUGAUGGGGAGCGCUGCCUGUAUGGGGCACUGAGCGACAGCAUCCGUCGGGAGCUGAGGGAUUACAAGCAGAUCACCUCCACCCGAAUGCAGAGGGAUUAUUAUGAUGACUUCCUGCAGCGGCUCCUGGAGCAAGGCUACGAGAGCGACAUUGUAUUCAUCGUCCAUGGGAAAUCCUUUUGUGCCCACCGAUGCAUCCUCAGUGCCCGAAGUAGCUACUUCGCCAACAUGUUUGAUACCAAGUGGAAGGGCAAAAGUGUGAUUGCCCUCAAGCACCCGCUGAUCAAUCCCACGGCCUUUGGCUCCCUUCUGCAGUAUCUCUACACAGGCCGCCUGGACAUUGAUGUGGAGCAUGUGAGUGACUGUAAGAGGCUGGCCAAGCAGUGUCAGCUGCAGGAGCUCAUCACCAGCCUGGAGACCAAGUGCAAGAAGGCCUAUGAGUUUGUGGCCUCCAAGCCAGGGACAUGUGUGAAGGUGCUGACCAUUGAGCCGCCCCCUGCUGACUGCCGGCUCCGGGAAGACCUGGCGCUGCUGGCAGACUGUGCCUUGCCUCCGGAGCUCCGAGUGGGCUUCGGAGAGUUGCCUUUUGACAGCACCGACAAUUUCAGCAGCUGUCCUGACGUGUGUUUCCGCGUGGCUGACUAUAACUUCUUAUGUCACAAGGCCUUCUUCUGUGGCCGUAGUGACUACUUUCGGGCCCUGCUGGAUGACCACUUCAGUGAGAGUGAAGAGCUGGCAGCAUCUCCUGGCCUCCCUGCGGUCACCCUGCAUGGCAUCUCCCCUGACAUCUUUACCCGAGUGCUAUACUAUGUGUAUAGUGAUGACACUGAGCUGUCUCCUGACAUUGCCUACGAUGUGCUGUGUGUGGCUGACAUGUACCUGUUGCCUGGCCUGAAGCGGCUGUGUGGCCGGAGCCUAGCACAAGUGUUGGAUGAGGACAACGUGGUUGGUGUCUGGAAGGUGGCCAAGCUGUUCCAGCUGACUCGCCUGGAAGACCAGUGCACAGAGUUCAUGGCCAAGGUCAUCGAAAAGCUAGUAGAACGCGAAGAGUUUGUGGCGGCUGUGAAGGAAGAGGCUGCGGCGGUAGCUGAGCGUCAGGAGACGGACUCCAUCCCCCUUGUGGACGACAUCCGUUUCCAUAUCACUAGCAACGUGCAGACUUACAGCGCCAUUGAGGAGGCCAGCCAGAGGCUGCAGGUCCUGGAGGAGCUCUUGGCCAACAUCGGCCUGGACUGUUGACUUCUGCUGCUAACUGGGGACCCCAGUGUCCCCCUCCCCUUUCUGAUGAGGGCUUGGUGUGGCUCCCCCCUUGCUGCAGAGAAGCAGCAGCCUGAACACAGGGCCCUGGCCACGUUUGACGCCAGGGUGUCUGGGCAGCUUUCUCUCAAUGGCUUUGAGAUCAGCAUCCCCCCCUUCCCUGGACCUGGGAUUGUUGGGUGGAAGGGGUUUCCUCCAAGCACUGAUUAUAUCCUUGGGAUUGAAAGCCCCAAUCGCUAUAGGUCUUGAAUCUUUGUUUCUAGAAGCUAAGAAUGUGUUUUUCUGCUAGGCGAAGGAGAGAAGCAUUGUCACAAUCAGCUUCUCUUCCUGACCAUGUGUGUGUGUGGGCAAAGCCCUCCCCUUCUCCUCCCCGGCCGUGGGGCAGAUGGGCUUUCACUCCUGUGGGACAUGGGCUGUGUAGCUCGUUUGGCCCCAGCCUGCCUUAUUCCAUCCAGGUUACUGAGCUUUCCCCUCCGGUCCCUUCACUAGAGGGGAAAAGAAGGCUCUGGGGACAAGACUGUCCUAAUCCUGCCUCUUGGGGGAGGAGUCUUUUGGUAAAGAUUAUCUUCCUUUCCUUUGCUUCUAGGAUCAGAGAGGCCUGGCGCUGGAGAAUGCAUUACUCCAGGGAAUGUCCCUUCCCGCACCGUGUGGUCCCUUGACUCCACACGGGCCAAGAGCCAGUCCCAUGGUCUCUCUAGCUUAGGCUCUGGGUAGGAGGGAGAGAGGCAGGUGGCUUUGCUCAGGACACUGGAGGCUUCCCUGACUGCCUCAAGGUACCAUCAGAGUCCAGUUUGGGGUCAAGCUGAGUACUUCUGGUUCCUGGGGCCCAGUGAUGGGGGCUUUCCUUUUUUUUUCCUCAAAGCACAAACGGGUAUCUCAAAAACUCCUGGUGGGGCUGUAGGAGAGUGAUUUUUGGUUGGGGUGAUAAAUCCUGGAAAAGCUGGGAUGUUGGAAAAACUGGGUUCCCCCAAGGUCUCCAAGGCCAGAUAAAGCCUGGAGAUUGUGCUAAGCCCAGAGAAAACUGAUCUGGGCUUGUGAGGAGAGCUGUCCUCCCUGCCCCUCGUUCCCCCUAGGCUGGUUAUGGAGGGCUCCCCAGAUACCCUUGCUCAGAGAGGGGAGGGGAGGGGCUGAGAGCUGCCCAGCAACUUUGCUUCAGAAAAAAAAAACAAAACCCAAACUGCAGGUUUUCAGAGCUAAGAUCUAUUCUAAUAUAUACUAUUUAAAAAUAAAACAGAGGAGCAUGUGUGCGGCAAUAAAAAUAUAUUUCCCUA